UCAUUAUUUAAAAAAAAAUCAAAGUUUCAGCCUCUUUCCUCGAACCCUCUUUCCUUAACCUUCUUCACUUUCCUCUCUUCUCUAAGCUUCUUCCCAGUCUUUACUCCUCCUCAUGCUUCUUCAAUUCGACGUGAACUUCUUGAUCCCUCCUUCGAGCUUUUUCUUCGUUUUCAUCAGUGCGUGCGUGUGGCUUUUCUCCUUCGUCUUGAACGCUAUCUUCCUUUCAGGAUGGGAAGACCUUACCCAAUGGACUUGUUAUUUCUCCUGACAGAUUUUAUUGAGAAGGGUUUAGUGAUAGAGAGAAUCCAAGAUUCAAUAUCAGAAGAGGAUAAGAGGUUGAUCUAUCUUGGAGAUGGAAGUGGAGACUAUUGUCCAAGUUUGAGGUUGAAAGAGAAGGACUUUAUGAUGCCAAGGAAGAACUUUCCAUUGUGGGAUCUGAUAUGCAGAGAUCCUUCACUUCUUAAGGUUGAGAUUCAUGGUUGGAGUGAUGGAGAAGAACUUGGAGAUGGAAGUGGAGACUAUUCUCCCUUCAUUUCCUCUUAUUGCAAGCUUCAGACUCUGUCAGUCACUGCUCAUGAGGCUUUGCUCAAAGCUCUACCAGUUCGACCAUAGUUUCAUGGUUUUGUAACUUUUGCAAUGGACCAAAGUAGAAUAUAACAUGACUAACUUUUGUCUCAAUAGUGUAAUAGUAUAUAUUGCAUAGUCAGUUACCUCUGCCUUAAUUUCUGUAAUAUCCGAUGAUAAUCUAGUUACAAUGAGGUAGGACCAUCCAGUUGUAAACAUCACGUUUUAAUAAAAAUUGACAGAUAUUUGGUAUUA